UAUUUUAAUUAAUUUGAGUGAUAAAUACGAGGUUUUUAAUGAAAUGACAGUGUGAGUCGUGUUUAAUCGAAAUAGAAUUGUUAAUUAAAGUGUAAAAACAGUGAGAGAACGUCAAGAAUUGAUUAAAAAUCCAAUUCAAAUUUUUUCGUCUGAAGUUUAAAAGAAAGGUAGCAAACUGUCAACAGUAAGAACAAAAAUGUUAUCAGGACCAGCAGCAAUUACUGGACAAUUACCUGGUCGAUCGUCGUAUGCGAAUAGCAUAGAUACUGAUGUUUAUGAUCCAGCUUCGGGAAGUAUCUUUCAAAGCUAUAAGAAACAUGAUGAUUUGAAGCAAAUGCUUGACAGUAAUAAGGACAGCUUAAAGUUAGAAGCUAUGAAAAGGAUAAUUGGAAUGAUUGCAAAAGGAAAAGAUGCAUCUGACCUAUUUCCAGCAGUUGUAAAGAAUGUCGUGUCCAAAAAUAUUGAAGUUAAAAAGCUUGUCUAUGUCUAUCUUGUACGUUAUGCUGAAGAGCAGCAAGAUCUCGCCUUGUUAUCAAUUUCUACAUUUCAACGAGCUUUAAAAGAUCCAAAUCAAUUAAUUCGAGCCAGUGCACUUCGAGUAUUGUCAAGUAUUCGUGUAUCUCUCAUCAUUCCGAUUGUUAUGUUGGCUAUUAAGGAUUCAGCCCAAGAUAUGAGUCCUUAUGUGAGAAAGACGGCAGCUCACGCAAUACCCAAAUUAUACAAUCUAGACCCGGAGCAAAAAGAAGAACUGAUAACAGUCAUUGAGAAGCUUUUGUCGGAUAGAACGACUCUUGUUGUCGGUUCCGCUGUGAUGGCUUUUGAGGAGGUCUGUCCCGAGAGAAUCGACUUGAUUCACAAAAAUUACCGAAAACUUUGCAAUCUCUUAAUUGAUGUCGAUGAAUGGGGACAAGUGCUUAUCAUCAACAUGUUGACAAGAUAUGCUCGCACUCAAUUCACGGAUCCGAAUCUCGAGGAAGUAAUUAGCGAUCAAGAAGACAAGCCAUUUUAUGAUGGAAGUUCCGACAGUGAAAAGUCAUUUAAGAAGCCAACUUAUUCAUUAGAUAGCGAUCAUAGACUUUUAUUAAGACAAACAAAGCCUUUGCUGCAAAGUAGAAAUGCGGCUGUUGUUAUGGCUGUAGCACAACUUUAUCAUCAUGUAGCUCCAAGAAAUGAUGUGGCAAUUGUUGCUAAAGCUCUUAUUAGACUACUUAGAAGUCACACAGAAGUUCAAAGUAUCGUUCUAACUUGCAUCGCAUCGAUGACUUUAAGUCGUAAAGCUAUUUUUGAUAUCUAUUUAAAAUCAUUUUUUGUCCGUACUUGCGAUCCGACGCACAUUAAGUUACUGAAACUUGAUAUCAUGACGAAUCUUGCUAACGAAGCAAGUAUUGCAAUUAUUCUACGUGAAUUUCAGACAUACAUCAACAGUAAUGAUAAGGAAUUUGUUGCUGCGACAAUUCAAGCAAUUGGACGAUGUGCAGCAACAAUAAAUGAAGUUACUGAGACGUGCUUGAGUGGCUUAGUGCAUUUGCUAUCAAAUCAUAAUGAAUAUGUUGUUGCUGAGUCUGUGGUUGUAAUUAAAAAGCUUCUACAGUCUCAAAACACAGAACAUAAAAGAAUUAUCACUCAAAUGUCAAAAUUGCUAGACUUUAUUACUGUUCCAGCUGCCCGUGCAUCAAUUUUAUGGCUUAUUGGCGAAUAUAAUGAACAUGUCCCGAAAAUAGCACCGGAUGUGCUUCGCAAAAUGGCAAAAUCAUUUGUGGACGAGGAGAAUAGUGUAAAGCUACAAGUUUUAAAUCUCGCUGUUAAAUUAUUCCUUAAUAAUCCCGAACAAACUGAGCUUUUGUGUCAGCAUGUUUUUAAUUUAGCACGUUAUGACAUCAAUUAUGACAUUCGCGAUCGUGCUAGGUUCUUAAAGCCUUUUAUUUUUACAAAAAAUCCAAAUUCAGUGCUGUUCAAAAAUGCAAAAAGAAUUUUUCUGGCAACAAAACCAGCACCACAGCUAGAAAGUAAAUAUACAGGACGUGAAAGCUAUCAACUUGGCUCAAUGUCUCACUAUUUAAAUAUGCGUGUAAAUGGCUAUCAACCAUUGCCAGACUUUCCAUCAACAGCACCUGACACGACUGUUAGAAAUGUUGAAUCUCCAAUUCAUGAGACCUUAUCAAGUAUUCGUUCUGACAUGAAAGCUAAAUCUACUCAGCAUGGAAAGAAAGAAUCAGGCAAAAAGUCAUUUUAUUCUGAAAGUGAAUCGGACGAGGAGCCGUCAAGCUCUGAAAGUGCUACAUCCUCGUCGAGUGAGAGUGAGAGCGAUAAGGAAGUCAAAAAAAAGGUAAAAACAAUUAAAAAUCAAGCUGAAAACAAUAAUAAUAUGGAAACAGAAGACAGUGACAGUGACAGUCCAUCAAGCUCAUCAGAAUCUGAGAGUGAGUCAGAGUCUGGAGAUUCUGAGCCGGUUACAAAUCAUAAGACUAAACAUGAGCCACAGCCAGCCUCUAAAAAGUCAAAUUUAGAUCUUCUAUUGGAUCUGGACGAUGUAGCAACGUCUGGAAAUGUCAUGACGCCUUCACUUGGUGGCUUUUUAACUCCAAUGACGCCAUCAGCUUCUUCAUCGCUUCCAAAUCGAAUUGAGCUUGUCGGUCCGAGUUUUAUUGCGAUGAAAUCAACAGAAUUGCUUAACAAAGUUAAUGGCUAUGGACUCGGUAUAACUUACAAAUAUACCCGUGCUCCGCAUUUAUUCUCAUCAAAUAUGAUUUCAAUUGAACUUCAUUUUACUAAUCAUGGAAAUUUGGAAUUGCUGGACAUACAAUGUGGCACUAAGAAUCUCAGCAGUGGAAUGACUAUGAAUGAUUUUGCUCCAAUUGCGCAAUUGAUGCCAAAACAGACAUUGAUGGGUAUUCUUGGUAUUGAUUUUAAUGAUUCCAGUCAGGCUGCAAAUUUCGAGAUAAAAUCAUCAGCUGGGAUUAGUAAAGUGACAAUUAAGGCACCGAUGGGUGAGUUAAUGAGAAGUGUGACUUUACCGGACACACUGUUUAAGGACGAAAGGAAUAAAUUACGUGGAAUGACGGAAUCGACAUGCAAAGUGACAUUAAGGACUGAAUUAUGUGAAAAGCGGAACUUGCAGAUGAAAAUUUAUGAGAUUGCAAAUGUUGCGUCAAUUCCAUUUGCUGAUGCUGAUGAUCUUUUAUUGUUUUCUGGACAGACAAUGAACUCAAAGAGUCUCGUUUUGAUUUCUGUCUUAUUGCAAGAUGAUAAUCGCUUAGCAUCCGUGACUGUUAAUUGUGAGAAAGUCGUGGUUGGGUCUAUUUUAGUGAAUGAGAUUAGAGACGCAAUUAAAAAGAUUUAAAAUCAUUUAUAUUUGGACUGACGAAAUUAUUAUUAUUAUGCAUGACAUUAUUAUCUAUAUUCAUAUUUCUGUAACUUUUUAACCAACUAUGCACUUAAUAAAAACAUUUAUGCA